AUGAAGUACGUCGCACUCCUUAGCGGAGGGAAAGACAGCUGUUACAACUUGUCCCACUGCAAUGCCAAUGGCCACCAACUCGUAGCUGCAGCGACCCUCUCCCCGCAAUCAGGAAAAGAUGAGAUCGACUCGUAUAUGUACCAGACAGUAGGCCAAGAUGCGAUCGAAUUCGUAGCUCGCGCCCUCGAAGUUCCACUCUAUCGACGCGUCAUACAAGGUGAUGCUAUCGAGCAAAAUGCGGAGUAUGGUUCACGUAGUGCCGGGGGAGCUGGCGUAUUGGGGGAUGAGACGGAGGAUCUCUAUACUUUGUUGGAGCAUGUCAAGGUUCAUCACCCAGAUGUGCAAGGCGUCUCAGUCGGCGCUAUUCUUUCAAAUUACCAACGCGUUCGCGUCGAACAUGUGUGUCGUCGUCUCUUCCUUACACCCUUAGCCUAUCUCUGGCAGCGCGAUCAAGCCGAAUUGCUGUCCGAGAUGAUCGCAGCCGGGAUUAAAAGCGUGCUCAUCAAAGUAGCAGGUAUCGGUCUGACAGUAAAGCACCUAGGAAAAACAUUACACGAAAUGCAGGACACCCUCACGCGAUUGAACAGCCUUUAUGGCUUGCAUAUCUGCGGUGAAGGCGGAGAGUACGAAACUCUUACCCUUGACAGCCCGUUGUUCAAGCAUCGUAUUGUGCUGGAUGAAACAGAAGUCGUGAUGCAUACGGACAAUGAAUUUGCGCCUGUUGCAUAUUUGCGUAUCAAACGAGCUUCACUUCAUCCUAAGGAAUCGUCUACGGAUGGCAGGGUCGAAGUUCUGCCACUAUUGGAAGAUAGGUUCGGUAAAUUGAAGAACGCGGUCGAAAACUCAGUCCUAGAGGGAUACGAAAACGGUUCAUGUGAACCCACCAACAAACCACACCGCAUUCCAGACCAUCCAUCAACACACACUAUCGGAUCAUGGCUUGCGGUCGGAAACAUCCACACAGACCCAUCUCUAGACUCAGAAAUACCUCUUGAAGAACAAGUCCGCGACUGCUUCAUUCAAUUACAAGGAAUUCUAGAAUCACACGAUCUGCGCAUGGAAGAUGUGGCUAAUAUUACACUCUUACUGCCUUCCCUCGCCCCCGAGGUAUUCGCAGCCGCAAACAAGGCAUACGCCGAGUUCUUUGGUGCUUCACCUCCUUCGAGGGCUUGUGUGGGCGUGGAUCUUCCCGAGGGGGUGGGUGUGAUGCUCGAAUGCGUCGCGCGCAAGGAUAGCACGAGGAGAGCGCUCCAUGUACAGGGUUUGAGCUACUGGGCACCUGCUAAUAUCGGCCCUUAUUCACAAGCUGUGGAGCCCUAUGUUUUCGUAUCCGGUCAGAUCGGUUUACUCCCUCCGUCUUUGACGCUCCCUUCUCCACCCUCGCUGGCGUUUGAAACUGCGUUGGCGUUCCAGCACACGGAUCGCGUCAUUCGCGCUGCCAACGCUGCAGGAGGCCAUGUCCUGCUUUCGCUUUAUUGGCUUGCGGAUGGUGUUGAUACCAUACGCAUUCGACGGGCUUGUGAAAUGGUUUGCGAGAAGACCCCAACGUUAUUCUUGGUAGUCGCGUCCCUCCCACGCGGGGCACGCGUCGAGAAACAAGUAUUGGUGCAUACAGGCGAAUUCACGGUUCCAGACGAAGACGAAGACACGUUCACGCAGGUAUCUCGCACUCCGGAGUUUUUGUCUGGUACGUGCAUGCAUAUCUGA